CUGAUACAAAGCGAAUAUAUUUUGCAUCUUUAUGAAAUAUUUUGUCGUAAUGUGAAGGAUUGUAGAUAGCGUGUAUUUGAAAGCGCUCUACCACCGCUCUCUACCAGUCCACGAGGUUUCCAAGAUGGCUAAGAAGAAAGAUGCAGAGAAAGCGGCUCAAAAUGCCGAGGCAAAGAAGGAAAAAAAUGAAAAUGCUGAAGAUGAGGAGCCUAAUUUUGAUGACCCGGAAGGAUAUGUCGAUGAUAUAUCCGAUGAAGAAUUGUUGUCGGACUUGCUGAAAUCAAAACCUCGCGAAACUGAUGGUGUAGAAUCUGUUGUGGUAGUGGAUGGCAUCCCCUUGGUUGGCCCAGAACGUAUUGAAAAAUUAUCUUCAGUUAUUAGUAAAAUAUUCUAUAAAUUUGGUACUAUUGUAAAUGAGUAUUACCCCAAGACUGAUGAUGGACAUACUAAAGGGUACAUUUUUCUGGAAUACGCCAAUCCAAAGCAUGCUUUGGAAGCUGUUAAAAUGAUGAAUAAUUACAAACUCGACAAGCAGCAUACUUUCUUGGUGAAUCUUUUUACAGACUUUAAAAAGUAUGAAGACAUUUCUGAUAAUUGGGAACCUCCAGAGCCGAUGCCUUACAAGGAUCAGGGCAAUUUACAUUAUUAUAUGCUUGAGCCUGAUUCUUAUGACCAGUAUUUCAUUAUUAUGAACACUGAUAAUACUGCUCAGAUAUGGCUUAAUUCUGCUCCAGAACCUACGAAAUUAGAAGAGCGGCCACGAUGGUCGGAUAGCUUCAUUCAGUGGUCUCCCCUGGGGUCAUACAUUUCCACACUUCACAAGAAAGGUGUGGCCUUAUGGGGUGGACCUGAAUUCAGUCAGAUCAUGAGGUUCUCCCAUAAUGGUGUACAAUUUGUGGAUUUCUCUCCCUGUGAAAAGUAUCUGGUGACAUAUUCACCUCAGGCUGAAAAUCAUUCGGCCGACCAGAAAAAGCUUAUUGUAUGGGAUAUUCGAACUGGGCUUGAGAAACGUACCUUCACACCUGAUGGCCCUGGUAUUUGGCCAAUUUUUCGUUGGUCACAUGAUGAUCGUUACUUUGCUCGUCUGGGAUUGGAUGUUCUGAGUGUCUAUGAGACUCCGUCUUUUGGACUGUUAGACAAGAAGAGUAUUAAGAUACCUGGCAUUCGGGACUUUAGUUGGUCCCCUACUGACAAUGUGCUGGCUUAUUGGGUAGCUGAGGACAAAAAUGUUCCUGCUAGAGUAACGCUCCUUGAAAUACCCAGCCGCAAUGAAAUUCGAGCCAAGAAUCUUUUUAAUGUGGCUGAUUGCAAGAUACAUUGGCAAAAAUGUGGUGAUUACCUUUGUGUAAAUGUGAACAGAUACACAAAAAUCACUAAGAAGGACAAAGAAAUAAAAUAUACUGGCAUGUACUACAACUUUGAAAUUUUCCACAUGCGAGAGAAGCAGAUUCCAGUUGAUAGUGUGGAAAUUAAGGAGACAAUCCAUGCAUUUGCUUGGGAGCCUGUGGGUUCAAAGUUUGCCAUCAUUCAUGGAGAAGCCGGCAAUGUCAAUGUCAGCUUUUAUGGUGUUAAAACAGGCCAAGCUCCAGCCCUUCUCAAACGAUUUGAGAAGAAGGUCUGCAACUCUCUGCAUUGGGCACCAUCUGGGCAGUUCAUUGUGCUGGCUGGCAUGAGAAAUAUGGGUGGCGCUUUGGAAUUCGUUGACACAAAUGAUUUUGUGAUCAUGAAUUCCACUGAACAUUACAGUGCCUCAAUACUCUCUUGGGACCCAACUGGUCGCUAUGUAGUGACUGCUGUUUCGUAUUGGAAAGUAAAGGUUGAUACAGGCUACUGGCUGUGGUCUUUUCAAGGCAAAAUUCUGAAAAGAUUUAAUAUUGAUAGCUUCUGCACAUUGUCAUGGAGGCCUCGUCUACCUACUCUACUUAGUGCCAAGCAACAGAGUGAGAUCAAGAAGAACUUGAAGAAAUACAGCACUCAAUUUGAAAGCAAAGAUCGAAUGCGAAUGUCAAAAGCCUCCAAGGAACUAAUUGAAAAACGUUCAAAAUUAAUGAAAGAAUUCCAAGAAUAUAGAGCUAAACAGAUUGAACGAUGGAUGGAACAGAAAACUCAGAGAAUGGCUCUUCGAAAUAAUAUUGAUACUGAUGAAUUAGAUUCAGAUACAAAGAAUGUUGAAGAAGAAACUGUGGAAUUUUUGGUGAAACAGGAGACAACAGUAAUUGAGUAGUUCACAAUUAAAUUGAAGCUUGGCCUUUCUUGGAAACCUCAGUUGGUGAAUUAAGUGAUAACAGCAGGAGGUAGAGAAGAUCAAUAUACUGACUUCAACACACUCGGUGCAUAUUUUUUUUCCCUUCCUAUCUUCUGUCUUUUAUCCCCUCCUCAAGUGAUAGAUCCUUGCGGUGUGGGACAUUGCCCUUGUUGCUCCUCUUGGAGUGACUUGAAGAUGGGUGGUGUAUGUAAUAACUUGUGUGAAAACCGUUUGCAAAAUUUGGGCUUCAAAUUUCUUGGUCUAUUAUUGCUUCAUAAUCCAAUGCACAUAUACUCUGUGCCAUUUGUAAUGAUGUUCUGUGGAAAUUGCUACCACGUUCCAUAUAGAAUAUGUUACGAAAUAAUUAUAAAUAAAAUGUUUUUUAGAAAGAAUAUUUGUUUUCAGGUUGUAUAUUUGUUUGUAAUAAAUUAAAAGCCUGUAUGAAAUUUUGAAAUACUUACGGGAAUAUAUGUAUUUAUAAGCAGAAAAAUUGUAUUGCUUUUAUAUGCUGGGAACCUAUUAUACUGACCUUUCUUUAAAUUAUUCUUUUACGUAAAAAUUUAAACUCUCAAGCUAAUUUUUAGGUUUAAGCUGGU